GAACUCCUCCUUGGCUUUUUGGUCGAAGUCUUGGCCGUGGAUAAUGCGCAUCUGUUUGAGGAAAGUGGACUUGCCGCUCUCGCCCGCUCCGAGCAGCAGGAUCUUCACCAGCCGCUUCACAGUCCAACAAUGACCAUCAGAACCGUCCGUCCAAACCGGGGACAGCACUUCCAUCCACGGAUCCACUGCCUCAAAAAGUUGGAGGCCAUGGUGGUAGAGAUGCAGGACCCAAAAGCUGGAGUUAAAGGCACAGAGCAGAAACUCAACGUAACAACCAUCCCACAUGUCAUUGCAGGUAAAGACAUCAUUGCAUGGAUUAUCACCAAGAUGAAGGUCACUCAAGAAGAGGCGGAAGCCUUCGCCACCAUGUUAGUGGCUUAUGGCUACGUGUAUCCGCUGCAGAACCACAAGAAGCUGGUGAUGUGCAAUGACAGCAGUCUGUAUCGCUUCCAGACUCCGUACUUCUGGCCAACACAGAAAUGGUUCGCUGAAGACUCUGACUAUGCUAUUUACCUGGCAAAGAGAAACAUUCGCAAGAAAGGCAUGCUUGAAGCUUAUGAGCAGGCCCACUACAACCACCUAAAUGAAUGGCUGAACCACAAGUGGGACUUUAUUGUUAUGCAAGCAACUGAACAAUACAAGGCCGGUAAGGACAGACAGAAGCCCGACCGCGUGGUGUUUGACUGCCAGGAGCGGGCCUACUGGAUUGUGAACAGACCUCCGCGGCGAACUCACAGUGCAUUGGACUGCGGUCCCGAGAGACUCCUCAACCCCAAUGAAGAACAGAAAGUCACAUUCGACCAGUACAGACGUGUGAACAUGUUCUAUCAACAAGCCAUCAUGAGAUCCAAAGUCAAGUCCAGCGUGUCUCUUGGCGCGUUGGUCAAGUACAUCACAACGUAUAAAAACCACGACCCGUUCCUGGCUCCUUGUCUACCAAGCAACCCGUGGCAAACUGACCAUGAUGCGUACUGGACUCUGAAUAUGCGAAGAGUUGAGGUUCCCACAAAGAUGCGAGUGGAGCGUUGGUCCUUCAGCCUGUUCGAGCUCCUCACAGACCUGCGGGGUCGAGAUGACUUUAAAAUCUUCCUGAAGAAGGAAUUCAGUGGUGAGAACUUGGCUUUCUGGGAAGCGGCUGAAGAGCUGAAGUGGGGGACAGCCUCUUCAAUGUCUGCAAAAGCUGAAACCAUCUUCAAGACCUUCCUGGCCCCCGGCGCCCCCCGCUGGAUCAACAUUGACGGCAGAACAAUGGGCCUGACGGUGAAGGGCCUCGACCAUCCUCAUCGAUACGUCCUGGAAGCAGCUCAGACUCACGUCUUUAUGCUCAUGAAGAAGGACACGUUCUUUCGUUACCUCAAGUCCCCGACUUACAAAGACAUCCAGAAGAAGGCGCUGAACCCUGAAGCCCAUAACUUCAGUCCAGCACAGCUGGAGCAGAACGCCCAGAAUCGGAGCCCAGGCAUCGACCCCGUCGUCCUGUGGCAGCAGGAGGAAGAGGAGAAGGCCAAGGCUGCUGCUGCGUCGGCUCCUGUCGACGUGAAGGCUAUGAUGAGCAAAAUAGACCGGAAGAAGUAGUCAGGGCAGAGAGGCUGCUGCCAGCCCGCCGGGGUCACGCUCAUCACCAAAUGUUGGAGGACGCUCAGGAAGAAUUUAAGCAAAGGAUGAAAUGGAGAAGAUGUGCACCAUCAUGAAAGGAUGCUCUCACCAUUCAUGGAAAACCAAGUUAUUCUAUCAGUCCGAACAGAAAAGCUGUGUCGGUUGUAGUUGUAUAGUCUUAGAAUUUAAGGCAGAAUCUUCCUUUGCCAAUAAUCAUUCUAAACUUUGCUAGAAUCCUUGUUGCCUCAGUUGGUGUCAAAGUUCUCAUAUGUGUGGAAGUUAAUCCUUUCACAAAUGUAAUAAACCAAACCAAGAGCAAAAAUGUCA